AUGGCUACAAAUUUGGUGGAACUCACAAAAUUGAGGAUUAGUAAAUGUAAAAUAUUGAUAGAAGUCAUUAGCAAUGAGGGAGGAAAGGAGGGGCAUGUAGUGGCUUUCAAUCAAUUGAAGUAUGUGGAGCUUGAUGGGUUGACUACAUUGAGGUGUUUCAGCUCAGGUGGAUACAUUUUGAUGUUCCCUCUCUUGAAAGAUGUCAUUGUGCAUAGAUGUCCUCACAUGAAGUUCUUCUUUGAGGGACCAAUGGAGGCGCCAAAGCUGGAGAGAGUACAAGUAGGUUUGAAUGCAAGGUAUAAAGCAACAGAGUACCAAUAUUUUUGGAAGGGAAACCUGAACAUGACCAUCCAAAAUAUGUUUGAAGAAAUGGCUGCAUUUGCUGGGACUAAGUUUAUGUGGUUGUUUGAGUUGCCAAAGCUGAUUGGAAAAUGGCACAAUGAACUUAAUCCCAUCAUGUCAACUUGGCUAUUAGAAUCACUAGUGGUGGAUAAAUGUACAUCAUUUAUUAAUGCUAUUCCGUCCAGCUUGAUGCUUGUUUUAGAGAGAAUGACAAGCUUGCAAGUGCAUGAUUGCGAGGCUCUAGAAGAAAUAUUCGAUCUUGAAGGGCUUGAAGCUAUGGAUUGCACUCAGGCGCUACCUCAGCUACAGUAUCUGUACUUGGUCAAUCUACCAAAGUUGAGGCAACUAUGGAACAAAGAUCUCUACACUAUCUUAGCCUUUAUAAAUGCAACAACUUGA